AGUGAUAAGUGAGCAAACAAAUUAAUUUAAUAAACCGGUGAACUGUGUUCAGUUACCGCUGGAUAAUGUUCGAGAAAAAUAUGGAUACCAAUAAUCUGUCGGCCUCGAUUAGCGGUGACUUGGACUCGACCAGUUCCGGCGGCACAUCCUCGGAUCACUCAGCAGUCCAACAGGACAAUCUUAGCUCACCCAUGGCCUACGGAUCACUUUUCCUGCCCAAUGCUGGCUAUCGUGGCAACCUCUCUUGCAAAACCGUUCUGCAAUUGGAUAAAUUUGCACCCUAUGAGACGGCGGAAAAGGAUCACCUUCUGGAGCGAAGAUUCCAGGACAUCACCAACGACUACGACAAGUCACCGCCGCCCACAGCCUCAACCACGCCCACUCACUAUCCCAGCCUAAAUAGCAUUAUCUUUGAGAAUGGCUGCUCCGGCAAUCUGGGGGAUCUCAAUGGGAACACAAAGACAGAUUCCCUGUGCGGCGGCGGUGGCGGCGUUGGUGGCUUGUCAAGGAGCGGAAGUGGCCUAGGCGGCAAUCCAGGGAGCGGAGGUCAUCUCAUAUCGAAUCUAACGGCUGCCCAUAACAUGUCCGCCGUUGGCAGCUUUCCCAUCGAUGCCAAAAUGCUGCAGUUCUCCACGGAUCAGAUCCAGUGCAUGUGCGAGGCCCUGCAGCAGAAGGGCGACAUCGAGAAACUGACCACGUUCCUGUGCAGCCUUCCCCCCGAAUUCUUCAAGACCAAUGAGAGUGUGCUGCGUGCACGGGCCAUGGUUGCCUACAAUCUGGGGCAAUUCCAUGAACUGUACAACCUUCUGGAGACGCAUUGCUUCUCAAUGAAGUACCAUGUGGAUCUACAGAACCUCUGGUUUAAGGCCCACUACAAGGAGGCCGAAAAAGUACGCGGGCGACCCCUUGGAGCUGUGGACAAGUAUCGACUUCGAAAAAAGUAUCCACUGCCCAAAACGAUCUGGGACGGCGAGGAGACGGUAUAUUGCUUCAAGGAGAAGUCGCGGAAUGCUCUCAAGGACUGCUAUCUGACAAAUCGCUACCCCACGCCCGAUGAAAAGAAGACGCUGGCCAAGAAGACUGGUCUGACGCUUACCCAGGUGUCUAAUUGGUUCAAGAAUCGCCGCCAAAGGGAUCGAACGCCCCAGCAGAGACCUGAUAUAAUGUCAGUCCUGCCUGUGGGCCAGUUGGAUGGAAAUGGCUUUCCGCGCAUGUUCAAUGCCCCCAGCUAUUAUCCCGAAACCAUUUUCAAUGGUCAAUAAACUUCGGUUCCAUGCGAGGCUUUUUUGUGUGUGUGUAAAUAGGGAGAAAUUCGUUUUAAUAUUAGGAGAAAAGCUAAUUAAAAAUUAGUCAU